UACACACACACUCAUCUCCAUACAUACGUACAUAGACGCGGAUGCGCGGCGAGGUGAAUGUGUGUGUUUACAAUUUCUUUCACUGUUUUCCAGAUUUUUAAAAUUACAUAAAUACAAAAACGCCUAUAACUGAUUGUACUCAAUGUCCAGAUUACAUGAAUUGAAACGUUCAUAAAUCGUUAAUUUUAUUUUCGCUCCUAUUCUUCAUGACAUUCACAAUACAAUUGCACAAAUCCUAAUAUUAAAGAGUUUUUGAAUUCUGCUAAUAACAGUCCGUUUGCACGAUGUCUUCACUGAUAUCACAUGGAUUUAAAAGCAGUAAAGAGGACUUCAGCUUUGGGCCCUGGACAGUCACUGCUGCAAAGACUCAUAUUAUGAAGUCUAAAGAUAUUGAGAGGUUAGCAGAUGAGAUGCAUAUGCCCUCUCUCCCAGAGAUGCUUUUUGGUGACAAUGUUCUGCGCAUUCAGCACAUGAAUGGUUUUGGGAUUGAGUUUAAUGCAAUCGAUGCUCUCAAAUGUGUCAACAAUAUGCAGGAUUCUGUAAAAGUGGCUUGCGCUCAAGAGUGGCAAGAAAGCAGGGCCGACUCUGAGCAUUCCAAAGAGGUAGUGAAACAUUACGACUGGACAUAUACAACAGAUUACACAGGGACUUUACUUGGAGAGCAAAUUCAAUUGAAGGUGGCGCCCACCACAGAACGGAUUGAUGUGGAGAAGCUGAAAGCACGAGAGCAGAUCAAGUUUUUUGAGGACGUGCUUCUGUUUGAAGACGAGUUGCACGAUCACGGCGUGUCUAUGAUCAGUGUGAAAAUUAGAGUCAUGCCCACCAGUUUUUUCACUCUAUUGCGGUUCUUCCUGAGAGUGGACGGCGUGCUGAUUAGGGUUAAUGACACACGUCUGUAUCACGAGGCUGGGCAAGACUACAUGCUUAGAGAAUUUAGCACACGUGAAAGCAAAAUACCAGAUCUUCAGCAUGUUCCUCCAGCCUUGUACACGGAUCCCAAUGAGAUCGCCCAACACUUACCACUGAAACUCACCAAGUGUGAGAAACUUACCUUUCCAGAGAGAGAGAAACAGAGAGAAACAGAAUCUUCACAGUGACCGGACCAGAGACACGUCUACAUCUGACACACUAAAGACUCGCACUCAUUGUUCUCAUUUACUGGAAAAUCACGUCUGAUAUUGUCAUGUCAACUCGGUGUGGAAGUGUUUGGUGGAAUAUGGCCAAUGUGUGCUGUGGAGUCAUUGAGAUGAAAAUGCUUGAUCUGGGUGUGAAUGAGGAAGGUUUUAUUAAAAUCCUUUAAAUGAUUAAACUGGAUUU